AUGUUGCGCAUCAACUUCGCUUCCAUUUGCUUCGUUUUGCUUUUUGCAACGAUCGCCGCUCUUCCAUUCUUCAAUUCUCCCAACAACCCGUCUCGCGGAGAGCAAUACCAACAAUUCUAUUACUCGGACUUCCAGCCGGAAACUCCUGAAAACGCGCGCUAUGUCUUGUCAAGAAAAGGUGACGAUGAGCUGAAGCAUCACAACACAAUUUACGCAUUUUCUGCAAACACAGCGGAUGGAAAACUGGUUACAAUGGAGAAAUAUAGGGGUCAUGUUGUAAUUUUUGUAAAUGUUGCUUCAUAUUGCGGUUAUACUGAAUCAAAUUAUGAAGAAUUAAAGAAAUUGCAAAAUCGGUAUUAUGAGAAAGGUUUGAGAGUGGCGGCAUUUCCGUGCAAUCAAUUCGGGCAGCAGGAACCUGAUGAGGUUUCGCGGAUUAAAAGUUUUGUGAAUAAUAUUUAUGAUUUUGAACCAGACCUUUAUGAAAAAAUUGAUGUGAAUGGCCCGAAUGCUCAUCCACUAUGGAAGUUUUUGAAGGCAGAACGAGGCUCGGCUGUUAGUGAAGAUAUUCCAUGGAACUUCUCCAAAUUCCUUGUUGAUAAGAACGGACAUGUUGUUGGGAGAUAUUCGCAUGCCGUCAGUCCGAUGUCCUUCGAAAAAGAAAUCAUUCAACUACUAGAAUAA